UACCUCAAGUGUAGUACAAGCAAACAAAUCAACUAAGCAAUCAAACUCAAACCCCACUCUCUCUCUCUCUCUCUCCCCCAAAAUAUCAAGAAACAGAGGCAAAUACUUCACUAUCACUGAACUGAUCAAAGUUGCGAUCACCAAUAACCUGGCGUGCCGGCUAGUAUCUGUGCUCGCUCGCUCUCACAAAUCCAUUUGAAAGUGUAUGAAUAUAUAUAUAUAUAGAGAGAGAGAGAUUGAAAGAGGUGUGAGUGAGAAGUGAGUAAAUAUAUGAGGAAAGCAGAGACAAGCCAAGCUGGGAAAGCACGCCGAUCAAUUCUUGGAAGGUAUUUUGGACUGCAUCCAUGACAUCACCGCCGCGCUCCUCUUCUCCCGGAUGACCGCCGCCGCUGCCUACCGUGUCGAUACGACGUCGCGCCUCGCUCAGUGGCGGAUUGACGAUUUGGCCGCUGCCUCCUACAGGAAAUCAGACCCUUUCAAGAUUGGCCUCUGGAAUUGGCAUUUAUCUGUGGAGAAGAGCCGAACACUGAUCAUUAGAUUGUAUCCUGAGGUAACAACUUUAGCCAAAGAAAAUCCCCCGAUAGCAUCUUUUAUGAUCAAAGUCAUCAGCCUUGCAGCAGGGGAGCGAAAGUGUUUUGUUCAUCCUGAUGUUACUGAUAAGCAGCUCAAAAGCAGUGAGGAUUUUGUAUGGACAAUUGAGGUUCCUUUGAGUGGCAAGUUCAUCGUCGACGUUGAGUUUCUUGACAUCAAAACUGCUCCUCCGGAUGGGGGAGAGCCUUGCUCAAUUUGGAGUGGAGGGCUCACGUGUAGCCAGUCGAAUCAUACGGCUAUUGCAUUACUUGGUCGAAUGCUGUCUGAGGGCAUUCAAACCGAUGUAACGAUCAAUGCAUCUGACGGUAGCAUCUCAGCACACCGGGCCAUUCUUGCAUCCAGGUCUCCUGUCAUCCGCAGCAUGUUCCUGCACGAACUCAAGGGGAAGGAAACGGCUGCCAUAGACAUUUCCGACAUGUCUAUUGAAGCAUGUAGAGCUUUACUGAAUUACAUGUAUGGAAAUGUGAAGAAGGAGGAGUUCUUGCCCCACAGGCUGUCCCUUCUUCACGCAGCUGAUAAGUACGAGAUUUCAGACCUGAAGGAUGCCUGCCACGAGAGCCUGCUGGAGGAUAUCGACACGACAAAUGUGCUGGAGAGGCUCCAGAACGCCAGUGUGUAUCAUCUGCCAGAGCUGAAGAGCAGCUGCCUGCUAUAUCUUGUGAAGUUCAGCAAGAUCUAUGAUAUCCGAGAUGAAUUCAGAUCGUUUCUGCAAUGCGCAGAUAGAGAGCUCAUAGCUGAGAUAUUCGACCAAAUUCUUGGCGCCUGGAAGGGGUUCUGAAAUCCUAUGUAAUCAAGGAUGGAUAUUCUUUGGUUCAGUUUGCAAUUGUUUGUUGGCUAGUAAAUGUUACUAUCAUUAAAGGUAAUGAUUUAAUGUAAACUGAGUAUAUCAGCAAAGUCCAAUGUGUAUAAGCUGAUGUGCUAUAUAUAUAUAGAAAGGAGAAUGUAAGAUGUGAAUAUGAUUGAAAUCAAUAGAAAGAAUGUUUGCUAUGAGUUAUCAAUUCAUAGCAAUUAAAUUCA